AUGGCAUCAAUCACCAUGACAGCCUCCAUCCUUGGCUGCCCACCUGUCACCAACCAGUCGGCUGCGGCAACGCAGCGGAGACUUGUAGUCAAUGCUGUGAGAACAGGUGAAGGGGAAAAAGUCAGUUAUGACAAUGACAAGGAGGGCAGCAAUGGAAGGAGGAGCGUUAUGUUUGCUGCCGCAGCUGCGGCUGUUUGCUCUGUUGCUGGGAUGGCAAUGGCAGAUGAGCCUAAACCAGGCACUCCAGAAGCCAAGAAAAAGUAUGCCCCUGUUUGUGUGACCAUGCCAACAGCUAGGAUUUGUCGUAAGUGA